AUCUGUGCAGAUUUUCGAUCCUCACUCGGGCAUGAAAGUAAGGCUUCUAAUUUUUAUGCAUUGAUUGUAGUGAACACCAAAAUAACAUUGAAUGGUAGCGCACAUGCUCAAGCUUGGAACCCUCACAGUAGCGGCAACCUUUUAGGAUUAGCUAUGGAUAAAGAUAUCAUGUGCUAUGAUUUACGCACAUCAGAGGAAGCGCUGCGCAUUCAGGACACCCAUGCUCACCGUGCUCUUCACCUGGAUUUUAAUCCGAAUUUGCAACAUGUAGCUGCAUCCUGUGGAGAUGAUGGAGCUGUGCGGUUGUGGGACUGGCGCCAGCCUGAUAAAUCUCUUGUAACAGUCGUACCUCAUGCCCAUUGGGCCUGGCAAGUUCGCUUCCAUCCGGUUCACGAUCAGCUGAUUCUAUCAGCCGGAAGUGAUGCGACCGUUGUCCUAUCGUGUGUACUCUCCGCAAGCAGUGAAAUGGGAGAUUUAGGGCUAGACGGUCCCCCUGAAGAAGCCGAAGAAGAGACCUCGGAAAAACUGGAAGAUGGGCAGCUGGAAAGGAUUGAAGAACACGAGGAAUCAGUGUAAGU